AUUACUUUUUACGCAAUCGCUUGCGUCAUCAGAAGGCGACUUCCUACAUGCUGAACGCGUCCUUGGGACUCUUUGCACUUUAGAAUAUGACUUAUUAACACUUAUUAGCUUAAUAACUAUUACAGAAAGUACAUGAAGUGAUGAGCCGUCUUUGGUAAGCGCUCAGAAUAUUAUUCUUUCACAGAGCUGGACUGUCAGACUGACUGAGGAGAGAUGAGCGCUCCUAACGCCAGUGAACGCAAAGCCUGCUGGGGCGCCAAAGACGAGCUCUGGAAGUGUCUAGAUGUCCAUCAGGACCAAACAUCUAUCUGUGAGAAACACCAGCGAGAGUUUGAAGCCAAGUGUCCUGCCCAGUGGGUGAAGUAUUUCAUGAAACGGAGGGACUUCUUGAAGUACAAGGAGAAAAUACAAAACGAGGGUUACGAACCAACUGAAGGAGCGUCGAAAUUAUAGACAUGGGAGGAAAUGAAAACACUGGACUCUGGACUGGUUGUAUGAAACAUUGUGUUUUUGUCUCAUCUCAUAAUUUAUCUCAAUGUGUCUGUGCUGUAUGGAGAUUCAAUGUGAUGUUUGAAAUGCAAAAUAAAUAAAAUGAAUCAAAAA